CCAUGUAGGAAAGACAGUCAGCAGAGCCUGGGAGGGCUCCAGCUCCUCCCUCUCUGCUCUGCUCAAUUUCACUCUCAUCUUCCGUUCUCCCGGAGUGCCUGGUGCCCUGGCAGUGCUGUCCCACUCCUGGCAGCCCAAGGUCCUCCUGUGGCAAGGACUUGAGUGGACAGCAGCAGAAGGUGGAGAGAGGGAGGGAAGAUUUGCCCUGCAGGCUCUCUGGAUGCAGAAGCCGGACUUGCUGCAGAGGCAGCUGUGCUGUUCCCAGAGCUUGGUUUCUGGGGUACAUCUGUCUCUCAGGGUUGAUCUAAACAAGCACCAAGUUCCAAGAGCACACAAGGUGGGUGCUGUCUUUUUUGGGUGCUUACAGCAAAGACUGCCUUCCCUCUGCCACCAUGAGCGGCUGCUCCAAGAGAUGCAAGCUUGGAUUUGUGAAAUUUGCUCAGACCAUUUUUAAGCUCAUCACUGGGACCCUCAGCAAAGAUAAGAUUGAAGAUGAGCUGGAGAUGACCAUGGUUUGCCACCGACCUGAGGGGCUGGAGCAACUUGAGGCCCAGACCAACUUCACCAAGAGAGAGCUGCAAGUCCUUUAUCGUGGCUUCAAAAAUGAGUGCCCCAGUGGUGCAGUUAACGAAGAAACAUUCAAGCAGAUCUACGCUCAGUUUUUCCCUCAUGGAGAUGCAAGCACCUAUGCCCAUUACCUCUUCAAUGCCUUUGACACCACCCAGACAGGCUCCGUGAAGUUUGAGGAUUUUGUAACUGCUCUGUCGAUUUUACUGAGAGGAACAGUCCAUGAGAAACUAAGGUGGACAUUUAAUUUGUAUGAUAUCAAUAAAGAUGGAUACAUAAACAAAGAGGAAAUGAUGGACAUUGUCAAAGCUAUCUAUGACAUGAUGGGGAAAUACACAUACCCUGUGCUCAAAGAGGAUACUCCAAGGCAGCAUGUGGAUGUUUUUUUCCAGAAAAUGGACAAAAAUAAGGAUGGCAUUGUGACUUUAGAUGAAUUUCUCGAAUCCUGUCAGGAGGAUGACAACAUCAUGAGGUCUCUCCAGCUGUUCCAAAAUGUCAUGUAACUGGGGACCCUCAGCCCCCCAGCUCUCAGAGACAUUGUACCUUAAUACCUUGAUCUGCCCCUGUUCUGAUUUUACACACCAACUCUUGGGACAGAAACACCUUUUACACUUUGGAAGAAAUCCCUGCUGAAGACUUUCUAUGAAACCCAGAAUCCCAUGACUCAAUCUCUGAUUGCCAACUCUUCCUUCUCCCUCCUCCUGAGAGAGACAAAAUUUGAGUUUGUUUUGGAAGCAUGCCCAUCUCUUCACACUGCUGCUCUGUGGAAGGUCCCUCUGCUUGAGUUUAAACAAUAGUACACAGUUUUCUGCUUAUGUGCCCCCAGCCCACUGCCUCCAAAUGGAGCAGACUUUGAUGAAUUUGGAAGCCAGAGGACUUGAGCCAAAUGCACACCAUCCUCUGAUGGCCUCCCAAACCAAUGUGCCUGUUUCUCUUCCUUUGUGGGAAGAAAGAGUGUUACACAGAACAAUUAAAAUCUACUGUGACUAGACUGGGGGAGGUAGCACCUAAACAUGUAGAAUAGGACUGAAUUGCUAAGUAUGGCAUUGUCUGAUGACCUAAACUGCCCACGUCAUUCAUUUCCAGAGGCAAAGUCUAAUAAUUCUCCCACACUAGCAUCUGUGCUAGUAACACAAGUCUCUUAACAUGCCCAGGAAGAGAGCCAUUGCCUAGUGGCCAACAACUCCUCUCCAUCCCCUGCUCAAGCCCAUCACUGCAUGCUCCUCCCACAAAGUCCAGAAUGCCUGCAAAUUGCUGUAAUUUUUUACCAUGUUCUAAUCAAUAAACAGAAUUAUUUCUUACACUGUCAAUC